UAUUAUUAAUAGACAUAAUAAAAUAAAUGAAUAAACAUUAUGUUGCAGAAGCAUUCAUUUCCCUUCCCAGUUUUGUCCUUCUUGGUUUCUCUUUCUAGCCAACUUUCAGAGAAAACUUACAACCUAGAAAAACUCUCUACGAAAGACUUUUGCCUAAUCAUCAAGCCAUGACUAUCACCAUCGUAAAAUACAACCUCAACUCACCGGAACUCCGCGAGCUCUACGACGUGACCUUCUUCGACGAGGAGAUCGAAACGCUAGUCACUGAUAGAGCCUCCAUGGUCACCGAUUGGAUCAGAAACACUGAAUUCGUCCACCGCCGCAGACUCCACAUGCUCGUCAUCAACCUUGACAUCGAGUGGUGUCCCAACACCCACCCCAGCUCCUCCAACGCCGUCGCCACACUCCAUCUCUACGUCAGCAGAUCUUGUCUCAUCUUCCAGCUCCUCUAUGCGGGCAAAAUCCCAAAAUCCCUCAUCGAUUUCCUCACCGAUGACGACUACACUUUCGUCGGAGUUGGAAUCGAAGACGACGUUGAAAACCUUGAGGACGAUUAAUCUUCCCUCAUAGCCA